AUGGCAGAUCCGGUCGGCGAAGACGCCUGGCUGGCCUUGGUGGAUGAGGCCUCUCGAACUGCGGGAGAUCUAGUACAGCGGGUCGAAGUUGUAGAGCUUUACAAACGCGCGAUUUCUGCUGAGCCGUGGUCGAAUAAACUGUGGUUGGCCUACUGCGAAUGGGUAUGGUCGCUUCAUACGGAUUGCCAGAACGGCGAUGCAGGCUGGCCGGAAGAAGAGCAACUUUUUGGACAAGAGGCCUUUUCACUCGAGACGGCGUUGGAUAUAUGGCAAGAAGGAGCCCAAGCUACACAAUACCGCCUGAAUGACAGCCAUGAACUCUGGAACAGAUGGAUCUCGGUUGAGCAGGAACAACUUGCGAUUUCCAAGACCCCAGAGAGGAUUGAGCGUAUUCGAAAGCUUUUCUUGGACCGUCUGCAGGUACCGCAUACUACGUGGGAGGAAACCUCUUCGGCAUUUUCAAUGUUCAUUACAAAGUACGAUGAGCCAGCUUGGGAGUCCAUUAUGGUGCAGGUUGUGAAGCUGGCACAGAAGGCCAAGGACUUGUAUAGUAAACGGGAAGAUCACGAAACGAAGCUUCGACAAGUGGGCGACAGUGAGAACUUGGUUGCGGCUAUGAGAACUUACUUGGAUUGGGAGAUCAACCAGACAUAUAAGAAGCCAAAAAAGGGCCAACCAGGGUCUCCACUGAUCCUCUGCGUGGCCUUAUUUGAGCGAGCGCUAUGUUCUACGCCUCUAGGCCUGGAUGCUGCUACUUGGGAAGAUUAUCUCACGUUUCUAUCAGGCGCUGAUUCCGACCAGGCCGCUUCGUUACCCUCUGCUUUGUCGGUAGUUCAGCGCGCCGUGGCACAUUGUUCUUGGUCAGGAAACCUUUGGGCACGGUACAUUCUUACCGCUGAAUUGGCCAAUCUUUCAUUUGAAGAUAUGGAACGGAUUAAGCACGCCGCUACGAAUACCCGAGAAAUCGAUCGUGAUGGUAUGGAAGGAGUGAUCGAAUUCUAUGUUGCGUGGGCUGGGUAUCUAAAGCGACGGACAAUGGGUACAAACGUUGCUGAAGAGGACAUUGAUGUCGCCGAAAUGGGCCUACCUACUGCGUUAGAAAGUAUCCAAGAGUGGGGCCAAAGACGAUAUGGCGCUGCUGAAUGGAAGGGUGACCCACUGUUUCGCAUCGAGAGAAUAUUUAUACAGUAUCUAACCCAGCGUGGAUCCCACGAAGAAGCUCGCGGGUACUGGAGACGCCUAGUUCCGACCCACGGUGACAACUAUGAGUUCUGGCAAUCUUAUUACAUGUGGGAAAUGACAACCCAAGAUCCGACUUCGGCAGCCCCCGAACAAGCUACCAGGGUUCUUGUCCAGGCUAUACACCGCCAUAACUUGGACUGGCCUGAAAAAAUAAUGGAAAUGUACAUUCGCCAUUGCAACCUCCACGAAGAUGUCGAUACUCUGGUGAAGGCAAGGGCUAUUGUAUAUCGGUUCUCCAAGGGUGUAGCAAAGCGGCGGGCAAGAGAAGCACAAGAGGCAGCAACUCUGUAUGCCCAACCACAGGUGGAACAAUCCGCAGUCGAGGAAUCACCAUCUGGUGCAUCGAAGCGAAAGCGCGAAGAAACACCAGGGGAUGGAGAGGGCAAUGCCAAAAAGAAGGCCAAAAGUGCCGAAGAGAGUGAGGCACUGCGAGAACAAAGCCUGAAGCGGGAUCGGGAGAAUACCACCGUCAUCGUCACAGGUCUUCCAGCAGAGCUCACGCAGACGAAACUACGGCAAUACUUCAAGGACUACGGUCACAUCAAUCAGAUUACACUGAGAACUGAAGUUGACAAGCUUUCGUCCACAGCGAUGAUUGAGUUCCGGUCUCCAGAAGAUGUACAGUCUGCUUUGUUGCGGGAUGGCAAAUACUUUGUUGAUAAACAGAUUCAUGUGGAGGCUGGUGCUGGUUUGACGCUCUAUGUCACGAACUUCCCACCUACCGCUGACGACAACUAUUUGCGAAAGCUGUUCAAGGACUGUGGGGAGAUUUUUAGCAUUCGAUGGCCUAGUUUGAAAUACAAUACAACCCGCCGAUUUUGCUACAUUUCUUUCCGGACACGACAAGCGGCUGCUGCAGCUACCCAGAUGGAUGGCCACUCGUUGGGUGGUGUCUAUAAAUUGCUUGCCAAGUACUCAGAUCCAUCGAACAAAAAGGACCGGGAGGGUGCCAUGGCUGAGGGUAGAGAAGUCCAUAUCACGGGGCUUGACUUCAGUCUUAGCGAAGAUGAUCUGAAAGAAGUAUUUGGCAAGUAUGGCAAGGUCGAAAGAGCCAGGAUCUUGAAGAAGACGAACGGUGAGAGUAAAGGAGCAGGUUUCGUCUCCUUUGAGAACAAAGAAGAAGCCGCUGCCGCUCUGGAGCUGGACAAGACGAAGGUGAAGUCUAGGAUUAUGACAGUUGAGAUGUCAACAGGCAGCAACUUCAAAACAACUGCAACUACCAAGGGAUCAUCCGCAUCUCCUGCUCCUGACGGAGAUGGUCACUCUAUUGCUUCUGCUUCUCCUGGACCGGAGGGCCACCCCAACACACACGGCCCAUCUAAGGCCGACAUUAGCAAUCGAACUGUCACCCUUAUGAACAUCCCGGACACUGUGAACGAUGCACGUAUCCGUGCCAUUGCUGAGCAACAUGGCGAAAUCGUCAAGCUCGUUCUCCGACCCGAACAUCAAGGUGCCAUCAUCGAAUACAUAGAUGUGGCAGCGGCCGGCCGAGCAUCCCUCGCACUAGAAAACCAUGAGAUAGCUCCUGGGCGCAAGUUACGUACAGGCAGCGUGGGGGAUCUAUUUGCGCAGACGGAUGAGAUCAGGACUGAUAGAAUCUUGAUCGGAAAGGAGAAGAAGAAGGCGCCGCCUACCUUUAUGCAACCGAGUGCACCGGUCAAGAGACCAGGUCCCGGUGGAAGGGGCGGUUUGGGUGUAAAAAAGGGUCUGGGAUUUGCGCCAAAAGCAGCUGGUGCGGCAAAGGAAGGAGAGACUAAUGGCAAUGUCAAUGCGGGAGGGAAGGUGAAGAGCAAUGCAGAUUUCAAAACCAUGUUUAUCAGUAGCGGAACAAAGUAG